GCGUGUCCCACCGAGCCCUGCCCCGCUCACUGACCCCGGCUGGCAGCCACACAGGAUUCCCGCCCCUCUCGGAAAGCAAAAUAUCCUCCUGAUCACCGGGAUGUUGUUUCCCAGUCAGAGGAGGCGGAGUCGGAUUUCCACACACCGUCCGAUCUUGAUUUUGCACUAAGUUCCUCAAAAGUGAAGCUGAAAAGUGCAGAAGUGUGACUAAAGUCGGCGAAUUUUAUCCGAUUUGUUUAUCUAAUCAGAACCCAGGGGCAAGUCGGUGCCAGGGUAUCCUGCGUUCGCGAGCCUUUCAAUGGGAAGCGUUCAGCUAGACGAUUUCAUCGCUGGAUGGAUCGGAGGAGCGGCGAGUGUGAUCGUUGGCCAUCCCCUCGACACAGUAAAGACUCGCCUGCAAGCUGGUCAUGGUUACACUAACACAGUCCAAUGUGCGCUGAAGAUAUUUAAAAACGAACACAUUGCUGGUUUCUUCAAAGGUCUGUCCUUUCCGUUAGCCAGCAUCGCAGUGUACAACUCGGUGGCGCUCGGUGUCUAUGGCAAUGCUCAGAGGGUCAUUUGUCAUUAUCGUUACGGUGAGGAGAGCCACCGAGGUCCGGCACUGACUGAUGUGGCUGCUGCGAGUGCUGUGGUGGCUCUCGUCACGGUUGCAAUCGGUGCUCCGGUAGAUCUGGUCAAGAUAAGGCUACAGAUGCAAACACAGUCUGUAGGGUCAGCUAAAUUAAGUUUGGUUGGUGCUGGUUCCAUUCACUCGCUUGCACUGAAUAAUCAGCCUCUGUACAGGGGGCCCGUGCACUGCAUUAGCAGAAUCCUGCAGAAAGAAGGAAUUGCUGGACUGUACCGAGGGGUCGGAGCCAUGUAUCUCAGGGAUAUUCCAGGAUACUGUUUGUAUUUUGUUCCCUACAUGUUGCUGUGUAACUGGAUGAUGCCUGAGGGGAAUACAACACCUAAUCUAUAUUCUGUGUUGCUGGCCGGUGGUGUGGCAGGAACGAUUUCAUGGGGUACUGCAACUCCCAUGGAUGUUGUCAAAAGUCGUCUUCAGGCUGAUGGAGUUAACGAAAGAAGGUACAAGGGAAUAUUACACUGUAUUCAACAGAGUUACCAAAAGGAAGGGUUAAAUGUAUUUUUUAAAGGAGCAGCUGUGAAUGCUGUUCGUGGAUUCCCAAUGAGUGCAGCCAUGUUUCUGGGAUAUGAAUUCACACUGAAAAUCCUACGAAGUCAAUAAGCAGAAUGUAAUGUUUCUUUCCUGACAUUCGUCAAAAUUAUCCAGUUGCAUCAUUCUUCGCCUCAACCAACAAUUGGUUAGAUAUAUGAGCAAAAUUAUUCUGUUAUCUCCUAUGUUCCUGAUGUCAACACUCUUGACAGAAAUACUUACUAUUGGACAACACUGAAAUUCUCCCGGAUGGUGGUGUAUUUCAAAAUUUAUAUGCAGUGUUCCCUGGGAAGUCAAACAACUGAACUUCAACCAACAAACUUCUGGUUUUCCACUGACAUGCUGUGUAUUCAAGUAAAAGAUAUUUGACUAAAUAUGAAAUAGGAAAAAAAUUCAGAAGCUAGUUUGAAGUAUUAAGGGUGGAGGUAGUGGAUGAGGAAAAAGUGCCAUUGGUUUGCAGGAGGAUAUAUUUUUCAGCAGAAUAGCCUGAGGGAACUUCAUAAAAUCAUACUGCUCAGGAUUAUUCUGUUGGUCCUCUGCAGCUCUUUAAAUGAGCAACCCAGUUAAUUCCACUAUCCUGCUCUUUCCCCAUUCCCUGACUUUUUUUUCAUAUAUUGUACAACUAUUUACCAAAUGUAUAAUUAGCUGAAAAACCUUCAUGGAUGAUCAAUGAAAGGGGAAUCUUCAGACUCUUUGCAGAUUCAGAUUCAGUUUUAGUUUAUUGUUUUAUACACCAGGAUGUCUUGUUCGUGUGAAGUUUAUGGUGUAAAGAACGUAAUAAAUGCAACACUAUGUACAGUAUUGAGCGCAGAACAACAGAAUGGUGCAAAGAAAAUGCAAUCUAAAGUAGUGCAAAAAGAAAUGCUAAAGUGGGGGUUCCCAACCUGGGGUCCCCUCAGUUAAUGAUAAUCCUCCAUGGCAUAAAAAGGUAGUGAACCCCAGUGCUAAAAUGACAAUAGCUGAAUAACUAAGAGUAACAAUUAAUAGACCAAGGGAAGUGGGAUGUGAGAGAGGUGAUUUGUUUGGAAAUCUGUUCUUGGAAUUGGUCUAGGCUUUCAAGCUAAUUUGUCAUUUGUGUACACCACAGACUAGUUGUGGCUGAUGACUUUGGAUGGAACCAACUCCCUGACAUACUAAGCCAAUACAUUUUGUUUUGCUAAUUUGAGUUUAAAUGGGUGCACAGGCACUGCACAGAAGCCCAAUUUUAUUCUAUUGUGUGACAAGCCACUUUCUGCUGCCAAGUAAUUAGUACAUCAUUGUUUCCAUGUGCUAAAAUGCAAUUGUGGGUAUUUGGAGAUAGGGUUGCUAUUUCUGAAAUAGAGAAGUUAUUAAUCACAGGAAGUUAUUUUUAUCUAUAUUCUAUUCUGGAGCACAAGUCAAAGGCCACUGUGAUUAUGUUAACUUAUGUAUUUUGUUCACAGCUAAUUAUGAUGAACCAUAAGAAAAAAGAAUGAGAUUAUUUAAAUAUAUUCGGGUGAAAUAUGUCUACAAGGCCAAAUGUGAAUCAAAACAGGUUCCAAAGUGAAUAGUAUCGCUACAAACCUGAAGAUUCUCAUAUUUAUUCAUAGCCUUACAAGACAUUAAACAAAACUUUUCAUUUCACUGUUUUAAUUGCUGUUUUCGGAAGUAUUUAGAUUAUUCUUUGAUCUAUGACCAAGUAUUUUAAAUGAGCAGAUAAAAUGUUUCUAUCAAAUUAUUUCAUCCAUUGUAAAUUAGAUACCAUGUAUCUGUUUUGUAGAAUAGAGGCAAUAAUACUGCUUGUUACAGGCCAGAGGAGGAUGUAGUGAACCUUCUGUGUGGAAGGUGUGACUUAAUCUGUCAUGUAUUAUUUUUCUGAUUGCAAUUUUAAUUUCUUUUUCAUAUUGUUAUCUAUAGGUUGUGCAUAAAAUUGCACAUGGCAUUAUGAUCCUAAAUGACAAACAUUUAAUCAGUCUACUGCGUCAUUAUUCACAUCCACGGUCAAAUGAAAAGGGAGCAACACAGCUGCUGAUUGCCACUACAUUAAAAACCAAUGUGCUGGAGCACAUUCAGUUGGCUACGGUCAUGACUGUAGGAUAUGCAUUUGGUUUGAUCAGGGUCAUUGUGAGCAAAAUGCCAUGUGUAAUUAAAUUAUAAAAGUGAUAAGCAAUAAAGAACAAUUUAGCCAAAAACAUUAUUAUCCUGUUUG